AUGGCAGAAGACGACGAUCAGGAUAUUUUUGACUCACUGGAACGCGAGGCAUCGGAGUUUACCAAGGAUGCGGAGAUCGACCGCAUUCGCAAUGCAUUUUCCCUUGAUUCAUAUGCCGUGCUAGACCUCCAGCCGGGUGUUCCUGACAAGGACAUCAAGGUCCAAUACCGGAAAAAGUCCCUCCUGAUCCACCCCGACAAAACCAAGAACCCCGCCGCACCCGAUGCUUUCGAUCGGUUGAAGAAGGCACAAACCGCCCUGCUCGAUGAAAAACAGCGCACAUACCUGGAUGAGUGCAUUGCCGAUGCGCGGCGGCUGCUGAUCCGUGAACACAAGUACACGUUGGACUCACCGGAACUCAAGACGGAAGAAUUCAAGGUGGAAUGGCGCCAGAAGACCACCCAUGUCUUGCUAGAGGAAGAAGCUCGGCGGCGGCGACAGGUCAAGGCUCGCAUGCAAGAAGAGGGUCGAGAACAGCGCAAGGAAGAGGAGGAGCUGGAGGCGCGUAAGCGCAAGCGUGAUAAUGACAAGGCAUGGGAGAACACUCGGGAGGAACGCAUUGGGACCUGGCGAGACUGGCAAAAGGGUCGCAAAGGAGAUGAUAAGACGAAGAAGAAGAAAAAGAUGAAGGUUCUCGGCUGA